GUAUGAUUGUGAUUUGAGAAAACAAACCAUAUUUGACGUUGGAUAUAUGUUUUGUUUCUGUCCAUUGUGCGCUGCUAAUGACUUAGAACAUAUUUUGUAGGUAAAACUUGUUGCGGAUUUGAAAAGAUAGUAGGACGGAAACAUGUCUUAUCAGCUGUAUCGCAACACGACGCUGGGAAAUACGCUCCAGGAAACUUUGGACGAACUUAUUCAGUACGGUCAAAUUACGCCUGCAUUAGCGGUCCGGGUGUUGGUUCAUUUCGACAAAUCCAUCAAUGCAGCGCUAUCCAAUCGCGUCAAAUCGAGGGUUACUUUCAAAGCAGCCAAAUUAAACACUUAUCGUUUUUGCGAUAAUGUGUGGACUCUGAUGUUGAACGAUGUAGAAUUCAGAGAGGUGCACGAGUUUGCCAAAGUGGACAAAGUUAAGAUUGUAGCAUGUGAUGGAAAGAAUGCGAAUGUUAACGACGAAGUUGGAAGAACCGAUCGAUAGAAAUCCUGGAUUUUGUAUUUGUUCCAUGAAGUAUAUUUUACAUUUCUUUAGCUGCUAAUUAAUAUGACAAACUUUCAACAAAUACAUGUUCAGUGUGUCCUAAAACAUA